CAGCAGCAGCAGCAGCAGCAGGGACAACAGCGGAGACAGCGUCGGUGUCCCCUCUGGGCCGGUCCGGGAGAGAGUGCGAGAGGGCCCCAGCUCGCCGGCUGGCCUCCUGGUUGACUCCAGGAGAGAGGGGGGCCUAGAACUUCUCCGGGCCCCCCGCCCUCGGGGGGCUUUCUACGACCCCCUCUCUCCUGACCCCACCCUCUGCUUCCCAAAGGUCCCCCCCUUCUCCACCUCCCGCUGCUGCUCCUCCUCCUCCUCCGGGCCCCGGUGAAGACCCCCGGCGGCCCCCGGCCUCCCACCGAGCCCAGCAGACCCAACCCGAGGAAGCGGCGAUGAACUACGGCUCGUUCGGCGGGGCCCCCCGCUUUCUGACGCGGCCCAAGGCCUUCGUGGUGUCCGUGGGCAAGGACGCCACGCUCAGCUGCCAGAUCGUGGGCAACCCGGUCCCGCUGGUCAGCUGGGAGAAGGACCGGGCCCCGCUGGCGGCGGGCGGCCGGUUCCAGACGCUGGAGGAGGGCGAGCAGUACCGCCUGACCAUCCUGGACCUGACCCUGGAGGACAGCGGCCAGUACGUCUGCCGGGCCCGCAACUCCAUCGGCGAGGCCUUCGCCGCCGUCAGCCUGCGUGUGGGCUCCGACGCCGCCGUGACCCAGCUGGCCCCCUACUUCCUGCUCAAGCCCUCGUCCAUCCGGGUCAGCGAGGGCGAGGACGCCACCUUCCGCUGCUGCGUCCGGGGCAGCCCCCCGCUCGCCCUGCACUGGGACAAGGACGGCCGGCCCCUGGGCGGCCUCUCUCCCGACGCCCAGAGGGUCCGCGUCGAGUCCAACGCCCUGCACAUCCGGGCGGCCCGCCAGCAGGACGGGGGCACCUACACGGUCCGGGCGGAGAACCCGCUGGGCGCCGCCAGCGCCGCCGCCGACCUGGUGGUGGAGGAGGGCGGCGGCGGCGGGAGCCGGGCCGGCGGCCUGCUGUCCCACCUGCAGAAGCGGCGGGAGGAGAUGCGGCGGGAGGCCCCCGGCCCCCCGGCCCCGUCCCCGCCCGCCCCCGGCCGGACCUUCGCCGUGACCGAGGGCAAGCACGCCAAGCUGAGCUGCUUCGUGAGCGGCGAGCCCAAGCCCGAGACGGUGUGGAGGAAGGAUGGCCGGGAGUUGGCCGAGGGCCGGCGGCACCUGGCCUACGAGGACGAGCAGGGGAACUCGGUGCUCAAGGUCCUCUACUGCCGGCCGGAGGACGACGGCCUCUACACCUGCGCCGCCUCCAACCUGGUGGGGCAGACCUACAGCUCCGUGCGCCUCAUCGUCCGAGAGCCGCCGGUGCCCUUCAAGAAGAAGCUGGAGGACGUGGAGGUGCGGGAGAAGGAGUCGGCCACCUUCCAGUGCGAGGUGCCGCUGGCCGCCACGGAGGCCGCCUGGUUCAAGGAGGAGACGCGCCUCCGGCAGAGCUCCAAGUACCGCAUGGAGGAGGACGGCACCCUGCGGCGGCUCACCGUGCACAGCGUCACCACCGACGACGACGCCGUCUACGUCUGCGAGACGUACGAGGGCAGCCGGACCGUCGCCGAGCUCUCCGUCCGAGGUAACAUCACCAAGAAACUGCCACGCAGAACGGCGGUCCUGGCCGACGACACGGCCAUCUUCUGCGUGGACCUGGAGCGGGAGAGCCGCCACGUCCGCUGGCUGAAGAACCAGGAGGAAGUGACCCCCGACGACCGCGUCACCGUCACCGCCGCCGGCACGCGGCACACCCUGACCAUCCGCAGGUGCCUCCACGAGGACGCGGGCGAGAUCGCCUUCCUGGCCGACGACGACAGGACGACGACUCAGUUCACGGUGUCCACCCCACGGAAGCCCCCCGCCCACCCUCCCGGCCACCCCCUGGUGAGAGAUAAAACGGAAACCUCAGUGACCCUGACCUGGUCCCCGCCGGAGACGGAGCGGCCCGCGGCCGUCGAUGGCUACCUGGUGGAGCGCAAGGUGCUGUCGGGCCACACCUGGCAGCGGUGCCACGCGGCGGACCCGGUGCCCGGCCCCGAGCUCGUGGUCAGCGGCCCGGACGAGGAGGGCGACUACCAGUUCCGCGUCUGUGCCGUCAACAGCUUCGGCCGAAGUCCCUACCUCGAGUUCCCCGGCACCGUCCACCUCAAGCCUUCGGCGGCAUUCUCCAAGGAGGAGCCGGCUCGGCGCACGGUGAAGGCGGCGGCCACGGAGACGGUCACGCUGAGCUGCCGGGUGGCCCAGGCCCAGACGACGGUGCGGUGGUACAAGGACGGGAAAGCGCUGAGCUCCGGCCAGAGGGUGCGCGUGGAGGCCCAGGGCCGGGAGCGGAAGCUGGUGGUGCAGGGGGCCGGGCCGGCCGACGCCGGGGAGUACGCCUGCGAGGCGGGCGGACAGAGGCUCGCCUUCCGGCUGGACGUGGCAGAGCCCCCGGUGGUAUUUGCUGAAGAGGAGCCGACUCAGCGCACCGUGAAGGCGGCGGCCACGGAGACCAUCACGCUGAGCUGCCUGGUGGCCCAGGCCCAGACGACCGUGCAGUGGUACAAGGACGGGAAACCGCUGAGCUCCGGCCAGAGGGUGCGCGUGGAGGCCCAGGGCCGGGAGCGGAAGCUGGUGGUGCAGGGGGCCGGGCCGGCCGACGCCGGGGAGUACGCCUGCGAGGCGGGCGGACAGAGGCUCGCCUUCCGGCUGGACGUGGCAGAGGCCCCGGUGGUAUUUGCCAAGGAGGAGCCGGCGCAGCGCACGGUGAAGGCGGCGGCCACGGAGACGGCCACGCUGAGCUGCCGGGUGGCCCAGGCCCAGACGACGGUGCAGUGGUACAAGGACGGGAAACUGCUGAGCUCCGGCCAGAGGGUGCGCGUGGAGGCCCAGGGCCGGGACCGGAAGCUGGUGGUGCAGGGGGCCGGACCGGCCGACGCCGGGGAGUAUACCUGCGAGGCGGACGGACAGAAGCUCGCCUUCCGGCUGGACGUGGCAGAGGCCCCGGUCGCGUUCGCCAAGGAGGAGCCGGCGCGGCGCACGGUGAACGCGGCGGCCACGGAGACGGUCACCCUGAGCUGCCAGGUGGCCCAGGCUCAGACGACCGUGCAGUGGUACAAAGAUGGGAAACUGCUGAGCUCGAGCCAGAAGGUGCACGUGGAGGCCCAGGGCCGGGAGCGGAAGCUGGUGGUGCAGGGGGCCGGGCCGGCCGACGCCGGGGAGUACGCCUGCGAGGCGGGCGGACAGAGGAUCGCCUUCCAACUGGACGUGGCAGAGCCUCCGGUGGCAUUUGCCAAAGAGGAGCCGGCUCGGCGCACGGUGAAGGCGGCGGCCACGGAGACGGCCACGCUGAGCUGCCGGGUGGCCCAGGCCCAGACGACGGUGCAGUGGUACAAGGACGGGAAACCGCUGAGCUCCGGCCAGAGGGUGCGCGUGGAGGCCCAGGGCCGGGAGCGGAAGCUGGUGGUGCAGGGGGCCGGGCCGGCCGACGCCGGGGAGUACGCCUGCGAGGCGGGCGGACAGAGGCUCGCCUUCCAACUGGACGUUUCAGAACCCUCGUUGGCAUUUGCCAAAGAGGAGCCGGCUCAGCGCACAGUGAAGGUGGCAGCUAUGGAGAUGGCCACGCUGAGCUGCCGGGUGGCCCAGGACCAGACGGCCGUGCGGUGGUUCAAGGACGGGAAACCGCUGAGCUCCGGGCAGAGGGUGCGCGUGGAGGCCCAGGGCCGGGAGCGGAAGCUGGUGGUGCAGGGGGCCGGGCCGGCCGACGCCGGGGAGUACGCCUGCGAGGCGGGCGGACAGAGGCUCGCCUUCCGGCUGGACGUGACAGAGGCUCAAGUGGUAUUUGCCAAGGAGGAGCCGGCGCAGCGCACGGUGAAGGCGGCGGCCACAAAGACGGCCACGCUGAGCUGCCAGGUGGCCGAGGCCCAGACGACCGUACAGUGGUACAAGGACGGGAAAAUGCUGAGCUCCGGCCAGAGGGUGCGCGUGGAGGCCCAGGGCCGGGAGCGGAAGCUGGUGGUGCAGGGGGCCGGGCCGGCCGACGCCGGGGAGUACGCCUGCGAGGCGGGGGGACAGAGGCUCGCCUUCCAGUUGGACGUCUCAGAACCCCCAGUGGCAUUUGCCAAGGAGGAGCCGGCGCGGCGCACGGUGAAGGCGGCGGCCACGGAGACGGCCACGCUGAGCUGCCUGGUGGCCCAGGCCCAGACGACCGUGCGGUGGUACAAGGACGGGAAACCGCUGAGCUCCGGCCAGAGGGUGCGCGUGGAGGCCCAGGGCCGGGAGCGGAAGCUGGUGGUGCAGGGGGCCGGGCCGGCCGACGCCGGGGAGUACGCCUGCGAGGCGGACGGACAGAGACUCGCCUUCCGGCUGGACGUGGCAGAGCCCCCGGUGGUAUUUGCCAAGGAGGAGCCGGCUCAGCGCACGGUGAAGGCGGCGGCCACGGAGACGGCCACGCUGAGCUGCCGGGUGGCCCAGGCGCAGACGGCCGUGCAGUGGUACAAGGACGGGAAACUGCUGAGCUCCAGCCAGAGGGUGCACGUGGAGGCCCAGGGCCGGGACCGGAAGCUGGUGGUGCAGGGGGCCGGGCCGGCCGACGCCGGGGAGUACGCCUGCGAGGCGGACGGACAGAAGCUCGCCUUCCGGCUGGACGUGGCAGAGCCCCAGGUGGUAUUUGCCAAGGAAGAGCCGGCGCAGCGCACGGUGAAGGCGGCGGCCACGGAGACGGCCACGCUGAGCUGCCGGGUGGCCCAGGCCCAGACGGCCGUGCGGUGGUUCAAGGACGGGAAACCGCUGAGCUCCGGCCAGAGGGUGCGCGUGGAGGCCCAGGGCCGGGAGCGGAAGCUGGUGGUGCAGGGGGCCGGGCCGGCCGACGCCGGGGAGUACGCCUGCGAGGCGGGCGGACAGAGGCUCGCCUUCCGGCUGGACGUGGCAGAGGCCCCGGCGGUAUUUGCCGAGGAGGAGCCGGCACAGCGCACGAUGCAGGUGACGGCCACGGAGACGGCCACGCUGAGCUGCCGGGUGGCCCAGGCCCAGACGGCCGUGCGGUGGUUCAAGGACGGGAAACCGCUGAGCUCCGGCCAGAGGGUGCGCGUGGAGGCCCAGGGCCGGGAGCGGAAGCUGGUGGUGCAGGGGGCCGGGCCGGCCGACGCCGGGGAGUACGCCUGCGAGGCGGGCGGACAGAGGCUCGCCUUCCGGCUGGACGUGGCAGAGGCCCCGGCGGUAUUUGGCGAGGAGGAGCCGGCGCAGCGCACGGUGCAGGUGGCGGCCACGGAGACGGCCACGCUGAGCUGCCGGGUGGCCCAGGACCAGACGGCCGUGCGGUGGUUCAAGGACGGGAAAGCGCUGAGCUCCGGCCAGAGGGUGCGCGUGGAGGCCCAGGGCCGGGAGCGGAAGCUGGUGGUGCAGGGGGCCGGGCCGGCCGACGCCGGGGAGUACGCCUGCGAGGCGGGCGGACAGAGGCUCGCCUUCCGGCUGGACGUGGCAGAACCAGAAGCCAAAGCCCCCGAGCGUCCGGCCAGGCGCGAGCCCCUCGUGGUCCGAGAGCACGAGACCGUCGUCCUGUCCGCCGCCGUCACCUCGACCACCGCCUCUGUGGUCUGGCUCAAGGACGGGCUGGAGAUCCGGCGGAGCAAGAGGCACGAGAUGACGAGCGAGGGCUGCGUCCACACCCUGACCAUCAGGGGGGCGGGGUCCAAGGACACGGCCAUAUACACCUGCAAGGCCAACAGGGAGCGUGAGGAGUUCCUGGUGCAGGUCCAAGAGGUCCCAGUCAAGUUUGUCAAGCAGCUGGAGGUGGUCGGCGGGGAGGUGGGCGGCUCGGUGACCCUAUCGUGUGAGCUGAGCGGGGCGGAGGGCGCCGUGGUGUGGUACCGGGACGGCACGGAAGUCAGGGCCGGCAAGCGGUUCCAGAUGCGAGUGGACGGGGCCCGGCGCUCCCUCACCGUCUCGGGCCUGCGGGUGGAAGACGGAGGGGAGUAUUCCUGCCGGACCCGGGACGACAAGACCAGCGUCCGGCUCGCCCCCGCAGUGCCCCGCGUGGUGAGGUUCACGACGGAGCUGAGCCCCGUGGUGUCGGAGGAAGGGCGGGAGGCUACGUUCAAGUGUGUGGUGUGCCCCGACGAUGCCGCAGUCACCUGGCAGCGGAACGGCACCCCCCUCGAGGCCGGGGAGAAGUUUGUCGUCGUCCGGCAAGGCGCCAGCCACAGCCUGACCGUCACCAGCCUGACCCUGGCGGACGCCGGCGAGAUCGCGGCCGAGGCCGAAGGGGUGCGGACCCAAGCCGGCCUCAAGGUCCGAGAGGCGCCGGUGCUGUUCCGGAAGAAGCUGGAGGCUCAGACGGUGGAGGAGAAGGGCACGGCCGUCCUGGAGGCGGAGCUGACCAAGCCGUCCACGGAAGUUAAGUGGCUGCGCAACGGUGCCGUGCUGAGCCCCGGCCCGAAAGUGGAGGUGCAGGCCGAGGGCGCCCGCCACCGCCUGAUCAUCCGCGACCUCAGCUUCUCCGACCGCGGCUUCUACGUCUGCGAGACCCUUGACGACAAGACCCAGGCCAAGCUCAACGUGGAGAUGCGGCAGAUCCGGCUGGUGCGGGGGCUGCGGGCGGUGACGGUCCAGGAGGGGGACGCGGCCACGUUCGAGGUGGAACUGUCGCACGGGGACGUGGAGGGCAUCUGGACCAAAGACGGCCUGCGGCUCCAGCCCGGGGAGAACUGUCGCCUGUCCAGCCGUGGCCCCGCGCACACGCUCACCCUCUCCGGCCUCCGCCUGGAGGACACGGGCCAAGUCACCUUCCGGGCUGAGGGUGUCAACACGUCGGGGACGGUCACGGUGACCGAGUUGCCUGUGAAGAUCACCCAGCCCCUGCGGAGCAUCACUGUUACGGAGAAGGACAAGGUGACGUUCGAGUGUGAGCUGUCCAGAGAGAAUGUGGACGUCAAGUGGUUCAAGGAUGGCACGGAACAGCGGCCGGGGAAGAGGGUGGGCAUCUUUGCCCACGGCAGGAAGAGGACCCUCGUCAUCCACCACUGUGAGUUCUCAGACCAGGGCAACUUCGUGUGCGACGCCGGCGACGCCGAGACCGCGGCCAGCCUGCAGGUGACCGGCCGGAACAUCCGGAUCGUGAAGCCCCUGGAGGAUGUGGAAGUGAUGGAGAAGGAGAGCGCGGCCUUCAGCUGCGAGAUCUCGCACGACGAGGUGCAGGCGCAGUGGUUCAAGAACGACAGCAAGCUGAAGGCAGGAGAAAACAUAAAGAUGCGGCAGGACGGGAGAGCGUUCGCCCUGCUCUACCGCCAAGUCCAGGUCCAAGACGCCGCCGAGAUCAGAUUUGUGGCCGAAAACGCCGAGUCCCGAGCUCAGCUGCGAGUGAAAGAGCUCCCGGUGAAGAUCCUGAAGCCGCUGCGGGACAAGAUCGCCAUGGAGAAGCACCGCGGCGUGCUGGAGUGUCAGGUGUCUCGGGCCAGCGCCCGGGUCCGCUGGUACAAGCAGCGGACGGAGCUGCUCCCCGGGCCCAAGUACGAGAUGGUGAGCGACGGGCUGUUCCGCAAGCUGGUCAUCCAGAACGCCGAGCCGGCCGACGAGGACACCUACACCUGCGACGCCGGCGAUGCCCGAACCUCCGCCCAGUUCUUCGUCGAAGAGCAGUCCAUCGCCAUCGUGCGGGAGCUGCGGGACGUGGAGGUGAUGGAGCCGGCCCCGGCCUGGUUCGAGUGCGAGACCUCCAUCCCGUCCGUGCGCCCCCCCAAGUGGCUGCUGGGAAAGACGGUGCUGCAGGCGGGGCGGGACGUGGGCAUCGAACAGGACGGGACGGUGCACCGGCUGGCGCUGCGGAAGACCUGCUCCACCAUGAGCGGGCCCGUCCACUUCACCAUCGGCAAGUCCCGCUCCACGGCCCGCCUCCUCGUCACAGACAUCCCCAUGCUGCUGACCAGGAAGCUGGAGGACAAGCAUGUGAGGGAGCAGCAGUCGGUCAUCCUGUCGUGCGACUUCAAGCCGGCGCCCAAGGCCGUGCAGUGGUACAAGGACGAGACGCCCCUGGUGCCCUCGGACAAGUAUCGGAUGAACCUGGACAACCACAUGGCGGAACUGCGCAUCCUCCGCGCGGCCCCCGAGGACGCCGGCCUCUACCGCUGCCAGGCCGGGAACGCCCAGACCGGCGCCACGGUCACCGUGGAAGCGCGUGAGGUGACGGUCACCAGCCCCAUGGAGGCCGUGGAGGCGGUGGAGGAGGGCAGCGCGGCCUUCUCGUGCGAGCUGUCCGACGAGGACGAGGAGGUGGAGUGGUUCCUGAACGGGGUCCUGCUGUUCGACGACAGCUUCCACGAGCUCCGCCACACGGGCGGCCGCCACACCCUGCUGCUGAAGCGGGUGGCCCUGGCCGACGCCGGCACGGUGCUCCUCAAGUCGGGCAAGAUCUCCGAAUCGGCGCAGCUGACGGUGAAAGAGAAGCCGGCGAUGUUCCUGAAGCCCCUGGAGGACGUGAGCAGCCAGGAGCGGUGCACGCUGGCGCUGCAGUGCGAGGUGUCGCGGGCGUCGGUGCGGGCCGCCUGGCACAAGGACGGCGUGGAGCUGGGGCCCAGCGACAAGUACGACAUCCUGCACGCAGGCUGCACCCUGGGCCUGCUCGUGCACGACCUCGGCCGGGACGACGCCGGACUCUACUCCUGUGACAUCGGGUCCGACCGCACCCAGGCCCGGGUCGCCGUGCACGACCUGAACGUCGGCAUCACUAAACGCCUCAAGACCACGGAGGUCCAGGAGGGGGAGAGCUGCAGCUUCGAGUGCAUCCUCUCCCACGAGAGCGCCGGCGACGCCGGGGUGUGGACGGUCAACGGCCAGGACGUGGGCGGGUCCGGCCGCUUCCAGGCCUCGCGCCAGGGGCGGAAAUACACCCUGAGCAUCCGGGAUGCGGCCCUGGCCGACGGCGGCGAGGUGGUGUUCGCCGUGCGGGACCUCCGCUCCAAGGCUUCCCUCGUUGUCACAGAGAAGCCAGCGGCCUUCACCAAGCCCCUGGAGGACCGGACGGUGGUCGCCGGGGAAGACGUCCAGCUGAGCUGCGAGGUGUCCAGGCCCGAGGCGGACCUGCGCUGGUCCAAGGACGGCAAGGCCAUCCGCAAGAGCCUCAAGUAUGACCUGCGGAGCGAGGGCACCCGGGCCGUCUUGAUCAUCCACCGUGCCGGCCCCCAGGACGCGGGCCAUUACACGUGCCAGACCCCCACCGCCCGGACCACCGCCGCGCUCGGCGUGAAGGACCAGCCCAACCGCUUCACCAAGGAGCUGGCGGACCUGAAGGCGGAGGAGCGGGGCGUGGCAGUGCUGGAGUGCGAGACGGAGAGGCCCGCCCCGGCCGCAACCUGGCGCAAGGGCGACGCGGAGCUGCGGGUCUCGCGGAGGCACGUGCCCAGCCAGGCGGGCACCGUGCUCACGCUGACCAUCCGGGCGCUGGAUCAGAGCGACGGCGACACCUACACCUGCGACGUGGGGGACGCCCAGACCCGCGCCAACCUGGUGGUGCUCGCCCGGAAGGUCGUCAUCGGCGAGGGCCCAGAGGACGUGGAGGUGGGCGAAGGGGAGGCGGCUACGUUCCGGUGCCGCGUCUCCCCGGCCGACUUCGGCCCGGUACUGUGGGCCCUGGACGGGACCCCGCUCCUCGCCGACGGCCGUACUGACAUCCAGACCCGGCCGGACGGGUGCCACGUGCUGACCAUCCGGCAGCCCGGCAACUCGGGCACCGUCAGCGUCCGGGCGGGAGAGCAGCAGGCCGAGGCCCAUCUGGUGGUCAGAGGCGUGCGGCUGCAGUUCCAGGAGGGCCUGCGGGACGCGGCGGCGGAGGAGGGCGCGGCGGUCACCCUGCGCUGCCAGCUGAGCGCGGCCGCCGUCGCCGCGGCCGCCCCCGUGGAGUGGAGGAAGGGCGGCCGCCUGCUGGAGCCCGGCCCCAAGUACCAGCUGAGGCGGGACGGGGCCGUGGCUGAGCUGGUGAUCCGGGAGCUGGAUGCGCGGGACGCUGGGCGGUACAGCUGCGUCUGCGGGGACCAGGACACCACGGCCAACGUGGCCGUGACCGCCCCCGCCAGGCAUUUCACGGAGGAGCUGCGGGCCGCGGAGGCCCCGGAGAGGGGCUCGGCCACGCUGCGGUGCGAGCUGGCGCGGGCCGGGGCCCGGCUGGAGUGGCACAGGGAGCGGACGGUCCUGGCGCCCGGCCCCAAGUACGCCAUGCGGCAGGAGGGCCGGCGGGCCGAGCUGGUGGUCCGGGACCUGGAGCUGGGGGACGGCGGGCCUUACACCUGCGUGUGCGGGGACCAGACCUCCACGGCCGUCCUCACGGUCAAAGCCUCGCCGCUGGGCUUCCGUGAGGGGCUGCGGCGCCGGGAGGCCCCGGAGGGGAGCUCGGUCACGCUGCGCUGUGAGCUGACGCGGGCGGCGCCGGUCACCUGGAAGAAGGGGUCGCGGACCCUGAGGCCGGGCGGCCGCCUCCGGCUGCGGCAGGACGGCGCCCGGGCCGAGCUGCAGAUCGCCGACGUGGAGCCCGGCGACGCGGGAGACUACACCUGCCUCUGCGGGGACCAGAAGACCACGGCGCCGCUGGCCGUCAUCGCCUCGCCCGCCCUGUUCUGCGAGGAGCUGACGAGCCAGGAGGCGGAGGAGGGCGGCACGGUGACGCUGCGCUGCACGCUGACCAGGCCAGCCCCCGUCACGUGGAGCAGGGGCUCCGAGACCCUCCCCGCGGGGGCCAGGUUCAGGAUGAGGCAGGAGGGGGUCGUGGCCGAGCUGCGGGUCCGGGACCUGGGCCCGGGGGACUCCGGCCCCUACACCUGCGCGUGCGGCGGCCAGGAGACCACCGCCGUCCUGACCGUCCUCGCCCGGUCGGUGGCGUUCGCCCGGCCCCUGGAGGCGCAGGUGGUCCAGGAGGGGGCCACGGCCACUCUGCGCUGCGAGCUCUCGGCGCCGACCACCGCCGUGACCUGGAGCAAAGGCGGCCUGGAGCUGCGGGCGGGUGCCCGACACGAGAUGCGGCUGGUCGGGGCCGUGGCCGAGCUGCUGGUCCACGACCUGCGGCUGGACGACGCCGGCCCCUACAGCUGCGACGUGCCCGGGGGCCCCGGCACCACGGCCACCCUCACCGUCACAGCCCAGCCGGUGGUGUUCGAGAAGCCGCUGCAGCCCCAGGGCGUGGAGGAGGGCGGCUCGGCCGUCCUGCGUUGCGAGCUGAGCAAGGCCGGGGCGGCGGUGGAGUGGAGGAAGGGCGGCGUGCAGCUGUUCCCCUGCGCCAAGUAUGCCAUGCGGCUGGAGGGCCGGGUGGCCGAGCUGACCGUCAGGGACGCCGAGCAGGAGGACUCGGCCGAGUACACGUGCGACGCGGGAGACCGGCAGACCACCGCCACCCUGACCGUCAACGCCCCCAGGCCCAAGUUCAAGAAGCGCCUGCGGAGCGAGGAGACGGAGGAGGGGGGGACCACCGUACUGCGCUGCGAGAUGACCACGGCCCAGGCCGCCGUGCACUGGACCAAAGAGGGUGAGGUCCUCGCAUCCGGCUCCAAGUACGAGAUGAGGCGGCAGGGGACGGUCCAGGAGCUGGUGAUCCACCACGUGGAGCCCAAGGACACGGGCGAGUACGCCUGCGUCGCCGGUGACCAGAAGACCGCCGCCACGCUCAAGGUCAAAGAGCCAGAGGUGACGGUGGUGCGGGGCCUAGAGGACGUGGCGGUGAGCGCCGACGCGGACGUGGAGCUGUCCUGCGAGGUGUCCCACGCGAAUGCCCGCGACGUGGAGUGGCGCCUGCAGGGCCUGGCGCUCCAGAGCAACGAGGUGAACGAGAUCACGGUGGAGCAGGGCACGCGCCACGUCCUGCGCCUGCGUCGGGUCACGCCGGAGGACUCGGGCACUGUCGCUUUCCGGGUCGGACGACACACCUCCACCGCCCAGCUGACCGUCCGAGCCCCGGAGGUGAGCGUCGUGGUGGGGCUGCGGGACGUGCGUCUGAGCGAGGGGGAAGAUGCCCAGUUCACGUGCCGGCUGUCACGGGCGCCGGGGCCGGACGUGCAGUGGAGCCUGGGCGGGGUGCCCCUCCAGUCCAACGAGAUGAACGAGAUCUCCGUGCAGCAGCAGGGGACCGUCCACAUCCUCACCCUGAGGAAGGUCACCCCGGAGGACUCCGGCACGGUCAGCUUCCGCGCGGGGCCCAGCACCUCCGAGGCCCGGCUCAGCGUCGGCGCGGCGGCCGCCCCCCUGGCCUUCGUCCAGGCCCUGGAGGACCUGGAGGUGGAGGAGGGCGGGGCGGCCACCCUGCGCUGCCAACUCUCCCAGCCCGACCUGCCCGUGCGCUGGACCGGGGGCGUCGACGACGCCACCGUCGUGGCAGGCGAGAAGUUCCGCCUCAGCCGGGACGGGGCCGUCCACGAGCUGCGCAUCCUGGGCGUGGUGCCCGCCGACGCCGCCGAGUACACCUGCCACGCCGGAGACGUCAGCAGCAGCGCCCGGCUCCGCGUCAAAUCCCCGCCGGUGCAUUUCCGGGAAGUGCCGCAGGACGUGGAGGCGGCAGAGGAGGGCACGGCCGUCCUGAGCUGCCGGCUGUCCGGGCCCGGCGCCCCCGUGGAGUGGACGAAGGAGGGGCUGCCCCUGCGGCCCGGCGCCAAAUACGAGAUCCGCCAGGAGGGCGCCCGCGCCGAGCUGCUCAUCCACCACGUGGAGGCCGGGGACGGCGGCGUCUACACCUGCAGGGCCGGAGACCAACAGUGCACCGCCUCGGUCCACGUCCAAGAAGAGGAGGCGCAGAUAGCGCGUGGGCUGCAGCACGUGGACGUGUUUGCGGGCGAGGCGGCCACCUUCUCCUGCGAGCUGACCCGCCGGGGCGUGCGCGGGGCGCAGUGGUGGCUGGACGGCACGGCCCUCCAGGACGGGCCGCUGAGCCGCAUCUCGGUACAGGAAGGCCGUGUCCACUCCCUGACGCUCCACGGGCUGGGGCCCGAGGACUCGGGGAUGGUCACCUUCAAGGCCGGGGCCCUCCACUCUUCGGCUAAAUUGUUAAUCAAAGAUCCGGCCGUCGAGGUGGUCAGCGCCAUGCGGGAUCUGACGGUGGCGGAGGACGGCACGGCCGAGCUGAUCUGCCAGUACUCCCGGCCCGUGCGGGCCACGUGGAAGGUCAACGAGCGGGAGGUGGCCGCCGACGGAAAGCGCGUCAGGAUCGAGCAGGACUGGAACGUGGCCAGGCUGACCAUCAGCCCCGUGCUGCCCCGGGACGGCGGCCUCUAUUGCUGCGAAGCCGGCGGCACCAGGGUGCAGGCCACGCUCACGGUCCGGGCCCAGAACGCGGUGGUCCGGGCUCUGGAGGACGUGGAGGCCCCGGAGGGCGGCGAGGCGCUGUUCGAGUGCCUGCUGGCCCAGCCCGAGGUGUCCGGCCACAACUGGCUCAUGGACGGUCAGCCCCUCAGCACCGCCGCCGACGUGGAGAUGGUCUACUUCGAGGAAGGGCGCCGGCACGUGCUGCUGCUGAAGAACCUGGCCCCCCGGCCCCGCCGCGCCACCGUCACCUUCGCCGCCGGCCACGUCGCCUCGUCCGCCAGCCUGACCGUGAAAGGAUGGCGCCUGGAGUUGGUGCGGCCUCCGCGCGACGCAGAGGUCCGGGCCGGAGACAGCGCGACCUUCGGCUGCCAGCUCAGCGAGCCGGUGCCCGCCGGUGAGGUCACGUGGUACCUGAACGGGGCAGAGGUGCAGCCCGGCCCGGAUUGGGCGCUGACGGCAGACGGGCCCCGCUACACGCUGACCCUCAGGCGGGCCCAGGACCACCACGCUGGGGAGGUGACCUUCGCCGCCCGGGAGGCGGUGGCCACGGCCCGCCUCUCCGUCCUCGCCCCCAAAGGGCUCCCCGAGCCCCCCGAAGAGGCCGAGGUGGUGGACCAGACUGGCCGCUCGGUGACACUGUCCUGGACCCCGCCCGCCAGUACUGGCGGCGCCGCCCUGCUGGGCUACAGGGUGGAGAGGACGGUGGCGGGAAGCAGCUGGCAGCCGUGCCACGCCGACCUAGUCCGGGGUCCCGAAUUUACGGCCGAAGACCUGACGCCCGGCGAGGUCUACCGCUUCCGCGUCUCGGCCGUCACCGCCGCCGGAUCGGGCGAGCCCGUCCACCUGCCCCAGACCGUGAAGCUCGAGCCCCCGCAGCUGGCCGUCGGGGCCCCCGUGAGCCAGUCGGUGCAGGUCGGGGAGGAGGUGCGUCUGGCGUGCGAAGUGGGCAGCGAGAGCCAGGCGGUAGCCUGGCACCGGGGGCAGGAGUCCAUCCAGCCCGGCGGGCGCUUCCAGGUCGUCUCCCGGGGGGCGGCCCGGACGCUCAUCAUCCAGGGCUUCGCAGCCGAGGACCAGGGAACCUACACCUGCGCUCCUGUGGCCGGCGGGGCCCCGGCGGCCCCGGCCACCUUUGAAGUGGCACUGUCCCCGGCGGAGGAGGCCCCGACGGACGGCCAGCGGCAGCCCGGUCUGCCUCCGGAGGCGGCCCAGGAGGGCGACCUGCACCUGCUCUGGGAGGCCCUGGCCAAAAAACGCCGAAUGAGCCGCGAGCCGACGCUGGACUCCAUCAGCGAGCUGCCCGAGGAGGACGAGCGGCUGAGGCGGCAGCAGCGGGCCGGGGGGGCGCCCGCCCCGGACCUGUCCGAGGGCUACUCCACCACCGACGAGCUGGCCCGCUCCGGCGAGGCCGACUUCUCCCUGACCAGCUCCGACGACGAGUCGCGGGCCGGGACCCCCUCCCUCAUCACCUACCUCAAGAAGGCCGGGAAGGGCCGGGCGCCCCCCGAGGGGCCCCCGGCCGGGGAGGCCCCGGAAGACGCGUCGACGACGGACCAGGCGGCGGUCAGGAUCCAGGCGGCGUUCAAGGGCUACAAGGUGAGGAAGGAGAUGAGGCAGCAGGAGCGCCCCGCGUUCCGGGAGACGUUCCGGGACUUCCGGGGGCCGCCGGGGGCCGGCCUGCGCCUGGCCUGCGUGGUCCUGAGCAAGACGGAGGCCCGGGUCCGCUGGCUGAAGGACGGGGCCGAGCUGACGGCCGGGCCCCGCUGCCGCCUGGACCGCCUGGCCGACGGCACCUGCUCCUUGCACGUGGCCCGGCUCGAAGAGCGGGACGCCGGCCGCUACACCUGCGAGGCCUCCAACCGCUUCGGGCUGGUCAGCCACAGCGCCCGGGUGGCCGUGGCGGCGCCCGGAGCGGCCGGGUCCGAGAGCGAGGCCGAGAGCUCGUCCGGGAGCGAGGUGGACGACGCCAUCCGCCGGGCGGCGCGGCGGCUGCGCCGGCUGUUCCGCGCGGACGCGCCGGCGACCGACGAGGAGCCGUUCGUCAGCGCCGACGAGGGCGGCCCGGCGGGGGCCGCCGACCGCCGGACCUACCGCGAGGACGACGGCCACAUCUACCUGCGCUUCGAGUCCGCGGCCGAGGCCCACCAGGCAUCCGCCCGCUUCCGGGAGACGUUCGCCACCCUGGGCGUCCGCCUGGACCUGGACGUGCGGGAGCGGGGGCCGUCCGGCGCCGUGGAGGUGCGCAUCGCCAAGGUGGCCGCCCCCGCCGCCGCCGCCGCCCCUCGGGGCUCACCGCCCCCGACCUCCGAUACAGCCCCGGCCUUCGUGACGGAGCUGAGGAACCAGGAGGUGCAGGACGGCUACCCGGUCAGCUUCGACUGCGUGGUGGCGGGCAGCCCGGCCCCCAGCGUGCGCUGGUUCAAGGACGGGCGGCAGCUGGAGGAGGACGACCACUACAUGAUCAACGAGGACCAGCAGGGCUGCCACCAGCUCAUCAUCACCGCCGUGGUGCCCGCCGACAUGGGCGUGUACCGCUGCCUGGCCGAGAACAGCGUGGGCGUGGCCUCCACCAAGGCCGAGCUGCGGGUCGACCUGACGAGCACCGAAUACGACACGGCGGCGGACGCCACCGAGACCUCGUCCUAUUUCAGCGCCCAGGGCUACGUCUCCAGCCGCGAGCAGGAGGGCGUGGAGUCGACGGCCGAGGAGGGGCAGCUGCCCCAGGUCCUGGAGGAGCUCCGGGACGUCCUGGUGGCCCCCGGCACUCGCCUGGCCAAGUUCCAGCUCAAAGUGAAGGGGUUCCCGGCGCCCCGCCUGUCCUGGUUCAAGGACGGGCAGCCGCUCCGCCCCUCGGACCGGCUCCGCCCGAGCAGCAAGAAGACCCUGCACUGCCUGGAGGUCCUGAACGUCCGCCGAGAGGACGCCGGCGAGUACUCGGCCUACGUCCGCAACGCCGCGGGCUCCGCCUACUCGUCCGCACGGCUGCUCGUCCGGGGCCCCGAAGAACCGGAGGAGACAGCGGACAGAGACGCUCAGGAGCAGUCGGUGCCGCCCAGGUUCCUGGAGAGAUUCACCGAUAGGGAAGUCAAGGCGGGAUCCAGCAUCACCUUCUCCGUCAAGGUGGAAGGGCACCCACCCCCGACGGUCAACUGGCUGAAGGAAGAAGCCAACGAGGACGUCCAGUGGAUCGGGCCGGACACGCCGGGCUACAAGGUGGCCGGCUCCAACCUGCACCACAGCCUGGUCCUCCUCGACGUGGGCAGCCGGCACCGCGGCUCCUACACCUGCAUCGCCACCAACGAGGCCGGGCAGGCCGUCUGCUCCGCCAGGCUCAACGUCCUGGAAGGGCCGGAGCGCUUGGGAAGCGAGAAGGUGAAGGAAGCCUUGAUCUCCACGCUGCUCCAAGGGGCCAGCACCAUCUCGGUCCAGGCCUCGGGCACCUCUGCCGUGAAGGAUUCCGACGGACAAAAGCGAGGAGGGGGGUCCGCGGAGGCCACGGCCGGAAGCCACGUGUCCCUGGCGGCGGUCGGGACGGAGGAGUUCCUCCAGCGGCUCACCUCCCAGAUCACGGAGAUGGUAUCUGCCAAGAUCUCGCAGGCCACCCUGCAGAUCCCCGGCGGGGAGAGCGACGAAGAGUCCAAGACCCCCUCCGCCACCCCCCGGCACGGACGCUCCCGGCCCUCGUCCAGCGUCCACGAGUCCUCGUCCGAGUCCGAGGACGGGGACGCCAGGGGAGAGAUCUUCGACAUCUACACGGUGACCGCGGACCACCAGCCCUUGGGGGCGGAGCGCGACGCCAUCGCCCUGAAGGCAGGGCAGUACGUGGAGGUCCUGGACUCGGCCCACCCGCUCCGGUGGCUGGUGCGCACCAAGCCCACCAAGUCCGGCCCCUCCAGGCAGGGCUGGGUGUCCCCGGCGUACCUGGACAAGAGACUCAAGCUCGCGCCCGAGUGGGGGGCGCCCGAGGUCCCGGAAACGACCGGGGAGGCCGUCUCGGAAGACGAGUACAAGAAGAAGCUGAGCGGCAUCGUCCGGGAGCUGCUGAGCUCGGAGGAGGACUUCGUGAGCGACCUGCAGUUCCUGCAGAGGCACCACGUGCGGCGGCUGGAGGGCAGCCCCGCGGCCCCGGCCGCCGUCGCCAGCCAGAAGCACGUCAUCUUCAGGAACGUCGGCGACAUCGGACGCUUCCACUCGGAUCACUUCCUGCGGGAGCUGCGAGCGUGCGAAACGGACGACGACGUGGCCGCCUGCUUCAUCCGCAACGAGGCCGAGUUCGGCAAGUACAUCGAGUUCCUGGUGGGCCGGGUGCAGGCCGAGUCCGUGGUGGUCAGCAAGGCCGUGCAGGACUUCUACAAGACGCCGGGCGGGGCCGACCCCUCGCGGCCGCCGCCGCCGCCCCUGCAGCAUUACCUGGAGAGACCCGUCCUGCGCAUCCAACACUACCAGACCGUCCUCAAGGAGCUGAUCCGGAACAAGGCGAGGAACGGGCAGAACUGCGCCCUGCUGGAGCAGGCCUACGCCGUGGUCUCGGCCCUCUCGCAGAGAGCCGAGAACAGCCUGCACGUGUCGCUCAUGGAGAACUACCCCGGCACCCUGGAGGCCCUGGGAGAGCCCAUUCGCCAGGGCCAGUUCAUCGUGUGGGAGGGGGCGCCGGGGGCCAGGAUGCCCUGGAAAGGACACAAGCGGCACGUCUUCCUCUUCCCCAACCACCUGGUCAUCUGCAAGCCCAAGCGCGACUCCAAGACCGACGCCUACGGCUACGUCUUCCGAAACAUGAUGAAGCUCAGCAACGUGGACGUGAACGACCAGGUGGAGGGGGACGACCGGGCCUUCGAGGUCUGGCACGAGCGGGACGACUCGGUCCGCAAGUACCUGCUGCAGGCGCGCACGCUCAUCGUCAAGAACUCCUGGGUGAAGGAGAUCUGCGGCAUCCAGCAGCGUCUGGCGCUGCCCGUCUGGAGGGCCCCGGACUUCGAGGAAGAGCUGGCCGACUGCACGGCCGAGUUGGGCGAGACGGUCAAGCUGGCCUGCCGGGUGACUGGGACCCCGAAGCCCAUCAUCAGCUGGUACAAAGACGGGAAGCCCGUGGAGGUGGACCCUCACCACAUCGUCAUCGAGGACCCGGACGGCUCCUGCACCCUGAUCCUCGACAACCUGGCGGGCGUGGACUCGGGCCAGUACAUGUGCUUCGCGGCCAGCGCGGCCGGCAACGCCAGCUCCCUCGGGAAGAUCCUCGUCCAAGUACCCCCGAGGUUCGUGCACCAGCUCCGCAACGCCCUGCUGGUGGAGGGGGAGGACGCGCAGUUCACCUGUACCGUCGAGGGAGCCCCCGUCCCCCAGAUCCGGUGGUACAAGGACGGGGCCUUGCUGACCGAGAGCACCAAGCACCAGGCGUUCAGUGAACCGCGGAGCGGCGUGGCGGUGCUGGUGGUCACCGAGGCGGCCGAGGCCGACCUGGGGCGCUACGAGUGUGAGCUGGUGAACAGGCUCGGGUCGGCCCGGAGCGGAGCGGAGCUGUGCAGGCAGGGCGCGGUGCUGCCGGCCCAGGAGAGGAGGGGAGACCGGCGGGCCGUCACCGUAGAAGUCACCGAGCAAGACACUAAGGUGCCCAAGAAAACCAUCAUCAUAGAGGAGACCGUCACCACGGUGGUGAAGAGCCAGAGGGGAAGGCGGCGACCCUCGCCGGGCAAGUCUCCCUCCCGCUCCCCGAGGCCCGGCCCGCCCCCGUCGGCCCUCCGCUGCCCGCCCGGGGCUCGGCAGCCAAGCCCGAGACCCGAGCCCACGAGGGAGGCCGUGGUGCCCACGGUCCUGGUCACGCCGGUCGGGGAGCCCCAGGGCGUGGCGCCCGGGGCCCGGCAGACGCCCCGGUGGGUGGAAGUUGAGGAGAUCAUCGAGCUUCGAGUGAGCAAGUCCCCGGCCGGGUCCCGGAGCGCCUCGCCGUCCCGGCCGGAGAGGGACGGUCUGGGCUCGGGCGUGGUCACGCCCGCCGGGGCCCGGCGACCGCCCGAGGGGGACCCCAACACCAACAAUUCUAACAACAAGCUGGUGGGCCCCGGCGCCUGGCCCCCGGCCCCCGAGGGCCUCGCUGACCUCGACGGGAAGCUGGGAGAAGCCCCGGUGGACGACCCCGAGCCGGGGUGUCCCGCCACCGGCCUGGGCCCGCCCCUGGUCUUCCAGUUCGAGGUGGGCAGCGUCCGCCCGACCCCGGCGGGCCCCGGGACGGGUCCCGAGCCGGGAGAGGAGGAAGGCGGCGCCGGGGAGUCUUGUGGUCCGGGAUGGCCAGAAGUGGAGCGGGAAGACGGCCCAGCGGCGGAAGAGGGCGGCGAGAGUGAGGCGGCCGGGCCCCCGGGUCACCGCGACCCCAAGAUCCUGACGCACGGCGACGGCCAGGCGCUCACGCUGGCCGACCUCGAGGAUUACGUCCCCGGCGAGGGGGAGACCUUCGGCCGCGGGGACGGGGCGGCCGCCGCCGCCGUUCCCGAGGACCGGCCCCGUGAGAUCUCCGUGCUGCAGACCGAGGUGAACGAGGCCGCCGUCGGACGGCCCGUCUUGCUCAACGUGGGGCGGCCGAGGCCCCGGCCGGCCCCGACGGGCCGCCCCGGCCGGCCCCUCACCGGAGCCGCGUUCCCGGCGGAGGCCGGGGGGCCGGGCCACGUCUCCAUCCGUGUGAGCGGCCCGGGCCCCGGGGCGGGCCCGGCGGUCCAGACCCAGCUGUCCUUCCGCACCGGGGUCCGGCGCCCGGCGGACAGCGGCCGAACCAGCUUCAAGACAGAACUCUCCACCCAGACGGUCGGCUACGGGACGGUCGGCGAGACGGUCACCGUGCAACUCGACCCUGACGAGAGAGGCCCCGCCCAAAACUGAGGGCCGCAAGGGGCCACGGACGGACCAGGCGGGACGAAACAGGGCAGCGGAGGCGGGGACGGCGCACGUCAUUCCGGGCCGGGCCGGGCCGGGCCGGGGAAGGGACCUCCCGGGCCCAGGGGAGCCGAGGGGGCAGCAGCCAGUGGAGGGCCUCGGUCUGACCCCUUGGGACCUCAGCACCUCGCCUGUCCCUUGGGGACCAGCUUACCCAUCUCCCCGGUACCCGCCCCCCAGACCUCCUCCAUCGAGACACCCCGGAGCCAUCCAGAUGCUUGCCCGGCCCCCACCACGGACCGAUCCCCGCUCCGGGACGGCGUUCCCAGCUGGCCAUCGAACCGUCGGGGAGAAAGCACCGCAGACAUACCGAAUCCCCUCUUCUCCUAUGGCCACCGACCGGGUCACCCUGUGACGAGAUGGCCGCUUCCGCCCGUGGGCUCUGUGUGUGUGUGUGUGUGUGUGUGUGUGUGUGUGUAUCUCCCCACACUUGCGUACGUGCGUCCGACCCAGCUGGACAGCAGCUAGCCUGCCGCGGUCAGAGUCGGGCUACGGUAUCUGUGGUGAACUUGGGUCUGGUGGCCCCCGUCCCCCCUCUCCCACCGGCGUCGGGACUGCCGAGCCCAGCUGGGAAGCGGGGUCCGGGCCCACCUGCCCGGCGCGUGGGGGCGGCUGGGGGCGCGGGCCCGGCGGGCCCAGAGCGGGUAGGGGU